GCGGUCAACAUCGGAACGAUCCCACAUUCGAUCUCUGGAAUAUACUCAAAAUUCGUUCCUUUUUGCUCUGUAAUCAGUUCAAUUCAUGCUGGACUUGUUGGUUACUAUAUAUUUCAGUGCUGCCAAUACAAAGCAGGUCGUCAAGGAAAAACAGCGGAGAAAGGCCUUGAAGCCGUUGGCGCGUAAUUUCAAAUGACGAUUGAAACAAUUGACGUUCGAAAAAACAAUUGACUAUCCGGAAUGUUUCCCUCCCCCAUAGGAUUUUCUAGAAUCACUCGUUCACAUUCGUUAGACCGGUAGAUGAGGAAGUUCGUCUGUAGGGAUAGAUUUAUUGGAGAGAAUAACAAUGGAGAAGUGUUGGGAAAUCCGUAGCGUGGACAUUUUCUACAAGUUCCAAGUUUUUUUAAUUGCUUUUGUAGCGGUUGGUACCUGUGCGAAAUACCGCGAAUUCCGGAACACUCAAGGAAGACUCCAAUGAUCUGUCGCGUGGUUUUAUCGCUGUGCUAUAUAGCGUGCACCUCGUGAAGGUCCUUUGUCGAGCCGGUUCGGGGACCAACGUGAAUUGUAACAAAAAUCUGGUGAAUAAUAAGACAUAAUGGCAGCCACAGUGCAGCCUUUCGAUCCGCCGAGCUCUGCAAGCUCCGAUGGCGACGGAGAUACGUGUUUAGAAGAUCGAGAAGUAUUUUUCAUUGAUGAACAGGCAGAUGACAUUAAUUCAUACCGUCGUGUCGAUGGAACACCUACGCCACAUUCACCUAGGCCUCCAUCUGCUGGGUCCCAAAAAUCUCCUAGAUCGCGCAGACAGCGCACCACCAGUAUGUCGCAGUCUAGUAAGAAAACCUCGGCUGAAUCUAUAUUACGAAGUAACAUGAGAACAAUUUAUACUGCGGGUAGGCCACCCUGGUAUAAUUCCGCUGGCCAACAAGUGGAACCAUUUGUUAUUGGAAUUUGUGGUGGCAGCGCUUCUGGAAAAACAACUGUUGCCACAAAAAUUAUAGAAUCUCUCGAUGUACCUUGGGUAACGCUCCUUAGUAUGGAUUCCUUUUACAAGGUACUUAAUGAAAAGCAGCAUGAAAUGGCAGCUCACAAUGAAUACAACUUUGAUCAUCCCGAUGCUUUUGAUUUUGAGCUGCUUAAAAGUACAUUACAACGCUUAAAGGAAGGGAAGAAGGUGGAAGUGCCAAUUUAUAAUUUCGUAACCCACAGUAGGGAAAACCGUACCAAAACCAUGUACGGAGCUAAUGUCAUUAUAUUCGAGGGUAUUUUCACGUUCUAUAAUUCAGAUGUUCUGAAGAUGUGUGACAUGAAAGUGUUUGUCGAUACCGAUGCGGAUGUCAGGCUGGCACGACGUCUUCGAAGGGACAUAUCGCAGAGGGGUAGAGACUUGGAAGGAGUUCUGAAGCAGUAUAGCACAAUGGUCAAGCCAGCAUUCUUCUAUUACAUAGCUCCUCUCAUGGUGCACGCAGACAUCAUCGUGCCAAGAGGCAGUGAAAAUGAGGUUGCAAUAGAAUUGAUAGUGCAGCAUGUUCACACCCAACUUCAGCUGCGAGGAUUUAAAUUAAGGGAAAAGCUUGCUCAUCUGUACAUUGGCCAACCUCGACCCUCAUCUUUGUACUUACUUUCCAAUACUCCUCAAAUUCAGGGAUUGCAUACGAUAAUACGAAACAAAAAUACACCUAGGGAUGAAUUUAUUUUUUAUUCCAAUCGUUUAAUAAGAUUGGUCAUCGAAUAUGUAUUAUCAAUGUUACCUUUCAAGGAAAUUACAGUAGAGACGCCGCAAGGAGUAUUAUACCAAGGCAAACGAAGUGCCACCAAUAACAUUUGCGGAGUUUCAAUUCUUCGUGCUGGCGAGACUAUGGAACAAGCUGUGUGCGAUGUCUGCAAAGACAUUAGCAUUGGCAAAAUACUUAUCCAGACAAAUUUACAGACUGGCGAACCAGAGUUGUAUUAUUUAAGACUGCCAAAGGAUAUAAAGGACUAUAGGGUGAUAUUGAUGGAUGCUACGGUUGCAACGGGAGCAGCAGCAAUGAUGGCCAUCAGGGUGCUCCUCGAUCAUGAAGUUCCCGAAGAAAAUAUCUUGCUAGUGUCUCUUCUCAUGGCGGAAUCAGGUGUACAUUCGAUUGCAUACGCGUUCCCAGGGGUUAAGAUUGUCACCACUGCGUUAGAUCCCGAAAUUAACGACAAAUUCUACGUAUUACCUGGUAUUGGAAAUUUUGGGGACCGAUACUUUGGUACGGAGCCAUCGCCUGGUGACAAGUAACCAACCUCUGACAUGGGCACGUUAUUUAAAGCAGCAAGAGAUGCUGCGAAACUUACAUCGUACAGAGCGUUACUGUAAAUUUAUACACGACUGCAUAAUAACGCGAGCAGACAGCCUUCUAGAGAUCGCCGCGUGUUUUGUCUGCAUGCCCGUAAACACGCCGUAAUCUUUUUAUAACGUUUCAGUGAUAUUGUAUGGUACGACUGCAAUGCUGCAGUCGUACUCGACGCCUUGUACAGACCAUGCAGUGAGAUAGUAAUAUUGUAUGGAAUUGCCGACCAGUGCAAGUAUUCUAACUGUGAAACAUAACGCGUAUACGUGUACGCGCGAUCGGUAUAUUAUUAUUUACCAAUAAAACAUCUGUUGUAGGAA